AUGGAUGUCUAUAACCUAACAACCUUCACGGAGUUCAUCCUCAUAGGGCUCUCUGAUCUUCCUGAGGUACGCUACCCUCUCUUCAUUGCACUUGCUGCUAUGUAUCAGAUCACCUUAAUGGGAAAUUGGGCCAUUCUUCUUGCCAUUGGAACUGAGAAAAAACUGCACACACCCAUGUAUUAUUUUUUGGCAAAUCUGUCCAUUAUAGACAUUUUCUACUCAUCAACUACUGUUCCCAAGAUGCUCAAGAAUCUCUUGUCAGAGAAGCAAAGCAUUUCAUUUGUUGGGUGUGCUUUGCAGCUUUUUUUCCUAGUAGGCUUUGUAGGGAAUGAAGUCUUCUUACUCUCUGCCAUGGCUUAUGACCGGUAUGUGGCCAUAUGUUUUCCCCUUCGUUACACCCUCAUUAUGACAAAGGGGCUCUGUGUUCAGCUUAUGGCCGUUGCCUGGGCAACAGGAUUUCUAAACUCUCUUCUGCACACAGUAUUCACAUUCCGCCUGUCUUUCUGUAAGUCUAAUCGAGUCAACCAAUAUUACUGUGAUAUCCCUCCAAUGGUGGCUCUAUCAUGCUCUUCUACAUAUGUGGCAGAAAUGCUUGUCUUAGUAGUAGGAGGUGUCUUAGGAAUCAGCGCCUUCAUGAUAACUAGUAUCUCUUAUAUCUAUAUCAUAUCCACAAUCCUGAAAAUCCAGUCAGCUGAAGGGAAGCGCAAAGCCUUCUCCACAUGUGCUUCUCACCUCCUUGUAGUUGGUUUGUUCUAUGGCACAACGAUAUUUACUUACAUCCGCCCCUCCUCUAGUUACCAAUCCUCAGCCAGAGAUAGGCUCAUCUCAAUGCUGAAUGGAGUUAUUACCCCAAUGUUCAACCCUAUAAUCUACAGCUUGAGAAACACAGAAGUAAAAGGAGCUCUUAGAAAGAUUUUAUGCCAUAAGGCAUGUUUAGAACAAACAUGA